UUAAUAUAUAACCAAUUCAAACGAAUAACCAGCAUUUUCCUAGAAACCGCCAUUGAUAUAGACACGUAAUAGCGUGGUAGAAUCAGCUGAUCGUGUGUUGGCACAAGGAACGGAAGUCGACUGAUAGCUAUUCCAGUAACGACACGUUACUUGAGGCAACAUUUACGACAAGAGCCACAAUGAGUUCUCGUCCUCUUGUGUUCGUCACAGGAAAUGCCAAGAAGUUGGAGGAGGUUGUAGCCAUUCUGGGAGACACAUUUCCCUUUAAAGUUGUCAGCCAAAAGAUAGACUUGCCAGAGUACCAAGGUGAAGCUGAUGAAAUCAGCCGCAAGAAGUGCCAAGUAGCAGCAGAAAUUGUCAAGGCUCCUGUUAUUGUAGAAGACACAUGCUUGUGCUUCAAUGCACUAGGUGGUCUCCCAGGACCGUAUAUCAAGUGGUUUUUGGACAAGCUUGGGCCAGGUGGCCUGACAAAGCUCUUAGCAGGUUUUGAAGAUAAGUCUGCUGAAGCUGUGUGCACAUUUGCUUACUCAUCUGGAGAACCCAAUGACGAGGUACUUUUGUUCCAUGGUCGCACCCAAGGUACCAUUGUGGAGCCUCGAGGGGAGCACAAGUUUGGAUGGGAUCCCAUCUUCCAGCCAAAAGGCUAUGACCAGACCUAUGGGCAGCUGGAGAGAAGUAUAAAGAAUACCAUAUCUCAUCGUUUUAAAGCAGUUGAUGCUCUCCGUGACUACUUUACAGGCGAAGAAGGAAGAGCACUGUUGUCCAAGAAGUUAAAGGUUGAACACAACAAUGAGAAGGCAUAGAGUUGAGGAUUUAUCUACUGAUCCAGCCAAACUAGAAGGAUUACACUUGGCUCGAGCUUUCCCGUGAAAUACCCAAAAGACAACAACCUUGCUAGUGCAAAGGAUGAAAUGCCUUAUUUAAAAGUUUUUACAUGUUAAUGAUAAAAUUCAUGUUACCCAUUUCAAAUUCUGAUUAUCAUAUCUGGGGUUUAUAUGAUAAACAAUAUAUUUCUCUUAA